GCUAUUUAAAGCGUAAAUUGCCCACUUCGGCACAAUUUAACAUUUUGAAUUGAUUAAGUGCGUAAGCUCCUAUUAGAAACCCAGUGCGCGCGCGCCUGCUAUGCUUUGCUUUCCCAAAAUUUUCAAAAUCAGUCCAUAUAUGCAAAUUAACAAGUGAACUGCAGUGGCAUUAACUGCCGCGGCAAUUUGAAGAUUUGAGAAGAUUAGAACAUGGAUUCAGUAUCUACUCCUGGUUGGAAUGUGGAUCGUCCUUUUCUCACUGGCCAAUUUUAUCAGGAGAUAAAGGCUACACCUGGAACUGCUGAAUUCAAGGGUUUUUCUAUAGACUCAAGUUUUGGGACGGAUAAUGCGAUAGGUACCUACCAUGCUACCAUUCAGGAAUUAAUUGUUGUUGAUGAUCUUCUAUCCACAUUGGUUGGAAUUGAAGGACGCUAUAUUUCUAUUAAGAAAGUCCGAGGGAAGGAGGAUGCCAUAACUUUCCAGGUUGAUGCAUCUAUGGAUUUAGCUCUUCAGGAAUUUGCAAAAAGACUGUUCCCGCUAUGCGAAAGUUAUAUCUUGAUUAACCAGUUUGUCGAGGCAAGGUCACAGUUCAAGACGGGCCUAGUCAAUCAUGCCUUUGCUGCUGCUCUAAGGGCACUCCUCCUUGAUUACCAAGCAAUGGUGGCACAGCUUGAACAUCAAUUUCGCUUAGGAAGACUUUCUAUACAAGGAUUAUGGUUUUACUGCCAGCCAAUGAUGGGUUCAAUGCAAGCUCUGUCAGUGGUGGUGAAAAAGGCUGCAGUCAAUAACUGUGUUGGUUCUGCAGUCCUUAACCUCUUGCAAAGCCAGGCAAAAGCAAUGGCUGGUGAUCAUGUAGUGAGAUCUUUGCUGGAAAAGAUGUCACAAUCAGCAAGCACUGCAUAUCUUGGGAUAUUAGAGAGGUGGCUGUAUGAAGGAGUGAUUGAUGAUCCUUAUGGUGAAUUCUUUAUUGCUGAGAACAAGUCUCUUCAGAAGGAGAGUCUUACUCAGGAUUAUGAUGCCAAGUACUGGCAACAACGUUACAGCCUGAAGGAUGACAUUCCUAGUUUCCUUGCAAAUGCAGCUGAAACAAUUUUGAUCGCUGGAAAAUAUUUAAAUGUCAUGAGAGAGUGUGGACAUAGUAUUCAGAUCUCUGUGGCAGAAAAGUCAAAAUUGACAAGUGUUGGCUCAAAUCAUCACUAUUUGGAGUGCAUCAAGUCGGCUUAUGAUUUUGCCAGUGGCGAGCUAUUAAAUCUUGUUAAAAACAAGUAUGAUCUAAUGGGAAAACUGCAUUCAAUCAAGCACUAUCUUCUUCUUGAUCAGGGUGAUUUCCUAGUUCACUUCAUGGAUACAGCUAAAGAGGAGCUCAUGAAGAAGCCUGAUGAGAUCUCCGUGGAGAAGCUACAGUCUCUUCUAGACCUUGCUUUGAGAUCUACUGCAGCUGCCGUGGAUCCUUGCCACGAGGACUUAUUGUGUUGUGUGGAGCGGACUACUUUAUUGAAAAGGUUGAGUAUGCUGAAAGAUCUUGAAAUCAGCCAGUCUGCUCCAGAUAGCAAUGAUUUAGAGGAACCACUAAGCAUUACUGGCUUGGAAACUUUUUCUUUGAAUUACAAGGUUCAAUGGCCGUUAUCUCUUGUAAUAUCUCGGAAAGCCUUGACGAAAUACCAGUUGAUUUUCAGAUUUUUGUUUCACUGUAAGCAUGUUGAUAGGCAACUCUCCGGGGCAUGGCAAGUACAUCAGGGUCUCCGGAAACUUGACAUGCAAGGGACUACAGUUUCUGUAUCAUCUUUGUUGUGUCGUAAUAUGCUAAAGUUCAUCAAUAGCCUCUUACACUAUUUGACAUUUGAGGUUCUUGAACCUAACUGGCAUGUAAUGCUCAAUAGACUUCAAACAGCAAAAAGCAUUGACGAGGUUAUUCAAUACCAUGACUUUUUUCUUGAUAAGUGUUUGAAAGAAUGUUUGCUACUUUCACCAGCCCUUCUCAAGAAGGUGGAGAGGUUGAAAUUGAUAUGUCUGCAAUAUGCAGCUGCAACCCAACGGCUGAUUACCUCCUCGUUGGAUACUGCUGAUACUAACAUGUUGUCCGAUGAUUCUCCCAGUAUAGAAAAAUUUAAGAACCUGAAACUAAGGACCCCAUCUCAGAUGCUGAGAUUAGCUCCUGAAAACAUCACAGUAUUUGAAUCCGUUCUGAAAUUUGAGAGGGAAUUUUCCUCUGAGCUUCAUAGCCUUGGACCGAUAUUAAGCAGUGGCUCUCGGGCAGAACCGUACUUGACUCAUCUUGCACAGUGGAUCCUUGGUGUGGGAAAAGACCAGUAAGCUGAUUGUAUUUGUUGUCAACAAACUUAAUUUUAAAAUUGCAGUUUUAGUAAUCUUUAUAUUUAUUUAUGUUUGUUAAGCUCCUGGUCGAUUCCCUUCCAGAUCAUUUUCUCUUUAAACUCGGUUGAGCUUGCAUAGUGUGUGUUCAUUGUGAAAUCAAAAUCAUGCUUUCUGAGGCCUA